AAGGUUUCCAGGCAAACUCGGACAUCGUUCUUGGUCAGUAUCGAUUCAACAUUUAUCCAUGCAUGGUGUUUAAAGAACUGAAAUGACGACGACGAGUUUACCAAGAGUUCCCGAGGGUUUGCGGGACCUCAUGAAGGUUUAUACCAAGGAAGUGUUACGUGAAAAGCCGGCUGAUUUGUAUGGCUUUUCGGCCAACUUUUUCAACAUGAUUGUCGGUGAAAAAUCGCAUCAGAAGGUGCGAAAAUACGAACCGGUGCAAACUUAUGAAACCAUCAUGAAAAAUCGCAUUCGACAGCAGGUUCCCGUUUCCCUUGUGUUCAAUAUAAUCCCCGAAAAACUGACCGAUUUGAUAAAACAGUUCAUAAAGGCAGUGUUAAAGGAAAAACCUGAGAAUAUAUACAUAUUUGCACAGGAGUACUUUCAAAGAAUGUCGAAGGAAAAGUCGGGACGAAUUGAGUACACCAAAUAUUCGACAUAUGAAAAGUCAUUAAAGGAAAAGGAAAACAUUCAUCCUGUAUCGAAGGUGACUUGUGAAUGUGGUCGUAUACUGAGUGCAAAAUCAAAGGAUGUGGACAACAAGGCAUCCGUUUAUACAGAUACCAAUUUGGCUGAGGCAGAUCAGAAAACAUUUUCCAGCAGCAUUACCUACUUGCAAUCAGUUGUCAUUAUUCAAAGACAUUUUCGCCGAUAUCUUAAGCAGAGGAAUUUGGGUCGGCAAAAGGAUAAAUGUAAUAGCGUGGAAUACAUGGCUGCUAUUGUCAUGAUUCAAAAGCAGAUUCGUCGCUAUUUGGCCAAGAAGCGGGUGGAUAAACUUAAAAAUUCAUGUGACGCCCAAAAACCUCAUGCUACAUUUAAUACAGCCGACUAUAUGAAAGCCGUUGUCGUCAUCCAGCGUCAUUAUCGCAUAUAUUUAAAAAGAAAGAAGGAGCAAAAUCGAUUGAAAAACGACCCAGUAUCCUUGGCAACAGCAGCCAUCAUAAUUCAGAGGGCCUUCAGGAGGAUGGUGGAGCGUCUUAGGGUUAAAAGAAAUGCCUCCUUGGCCGCAGAUCAAGUCGAGGAACUCAACGACAACGCCUCCGAGACUGGAUCCUACACGUCCGUAUCCACCGCACUCCUUUCCACGGAAUCUACCGAAUUGGGAAUGGCAAAUUACGAGGAACGCGUCCACCAAAAAAUAAUCCACGAGGACGAGGAAGUGGAGAACAAUAAUGUCGAUGCCGGCCUUCGGAAGGACUCAUUCGCAGAACCCAUUAAAGGCGAACAAAAAUCGAUGCAGCUAAGGAAAAGCGAAAUCCUUAGCGGUGCUUUAAUCGAAAAUAUGAUUACCAAGCCUAAUUUGGAAAACAUUAAGGAUUUCAACACUGACUCGAAAGAUUUAGAAGGGUAUGGAGACAUUGAAUAUGGCAAAAAUAAAUCUAGUCAAGAUAUAGAACCUGAAGUAGUACCUAAGAAAGCCAGCUUAGAUCAAGAAUCGGUAAUUCAAACCGAAAGUAAAACUGAAACAAGAGAAGAUGAAGUCGCGUCGGAAGACAAGGCUGAAAUUGAAUCUAAUAAAGCUAGUUUGGAUGAAACCCAAGAUGACCUUAAAGCAAAAAUGGCUAUACAAGAAACAGAACCGGAAAAUAUUGAUGAAAUAAAAGUGGAAAAUGCAAACACAGAUUGUAUAGAAAAAGAAGGUAGCGAAAUAAAUGAAAUACCUAAUAAAAUGGAGAAAGUAGAGAGUCGUGAAUCAAAGGAAUUUGAAACAGUAACGAAAGACGAUCAGCUUGAUAAAAAAGAUAGUUCCACUAUUUUGUCCAACGAAACAGUUUUGCCACCCAAAACUAUGAGUUCUGAAGAGGUUCCAAUGAAAACUGAAGUUACACCUACUGUAUCAAUUGAAAUUGAACAUGUAGAUGAUAUUUUACAAGAUUCCACAACUACUCUUCAAGAUGCUAAUGGUGAAACAGUGCCGGAUACUUUAAAUGAGGACUCCGUGGAGGAAAAGUCCAAAAGUUUGCCCACGGACAAUUUGAAGAUGGAUUCAACCAAGCAAGAAAGUGUUGAAGAAAAUACUUUGGAAGUAUCUGAAGAUAAGAUCAUUUCAACCCCGAUGGAAAUAUCUGAAGAAAUCAUAACUCCAACCACUAUUGGGAAACCAGACAUAUCUGCUGAAAAAAAAUCUUCAAAUGAACAUGAAAAUACAACUUCAGAAAAUAUUGAGGAACCCCUCAUAUUAGUUGAAAAAAGUUCUUCAGUUGAGCAUGAAAAUACAACUUCCUCAAAGUCUAGAGGAAAGAGAAGCAUUGAGGAUGAAAAAAUCGUUGAAAUAAGUUCGGAAACUCCAGAAACAAAAAUCGAUGUCGACCACGUCAAAUCUGAAACCGAUGAAAGCUUAGAACCAAUUAACCAGGAUGAAACCCAAAUGUCAAAUGAACAACAACUGGACUUAGGUGUCUCAUCGGAAACUACACCAGCCAUAGAAGAAGAUCCUGAAAAGCCUUCAGGUGCUAAAGAUGAAACAAUAUCGGGCAGCGUUGAAACUGUAGAAAAUAAUUUGCAAGAUCCUGUGGAGAACGUCGCUAAAGCAUCGAUUGAAGAAAUAGAUUUGGAUGAAAGUAAUUUACAAGAUCCUGUGGAGAACGUCGCUAAGGUAUCGCUUGAGGAAAUAACUUUGGAUGAUGCUGCAAAAAUUGAUGAUUCCAUCACGGAAGAUAAAAAAAUAAGCGCAGAAAGCAUAGAACUUACGGAUGGCAAAACUCAAAAAGAAGAUGCAACUUCUAAGCCUGGUAGUGCGAUUUCAUCAGGCAAAACCCAUAUUUUAAAGGCUGAAGAGAAAAGUGGCUCAAUGGAUGACAUAGAAGCUGGCAAGAGAGACCUGGAACCUUCAACAGAAUCAACUCGAAACAGUGAAGAAGAGUCCGGAGAAGCCGUUGAAGAAACGGAACUGGUACAGACUGAAGUCAUGAAGCAGUCAGAAGAAGAAUCCGCAGCAACGGAUCCGAAAAGUUUGGAAACUGAAGAGGUUUCUUCCGUUGAAGUAGAAUCACAGCAUGAAAACCUAAAGAAUGAACAUCCAAAGCCAACUGAAGAAGAACACGAGGAUGGGUCCGCUUUAAAACAUAUAAAUGAUGGUAUGGGAGAAAUAGUAAUUUCAAGUACUGAAGUCGAGAAAGAUCCUUUAAGGUCAUCUUUGGAAGUCGAAUUAGAAAGUUCCAUGCAUGCUGUUUCUGAAAUUAAUCAGGAUUUUAAUGAGGACGACAAAGAUCAGCCCCAACAGGAUAUGAAGAAAAGUAUUGAAGAUUCCGUCGCUGCCGUUGGUAAAAUAUCUUCUCUUAAAUCAGAAAGUUCUGAAGCUGAAGAUAAACAACCGGAUAUCGAAAAUGUUCUAAUCAAUUCUGAUUCUGUGGAUAAUUAUGACAGUAAAAUAGUAGACGAAUCUAAAGAAUUGGUUAAUAUAUCUGCUAAGGAAGAAGACAGUACAGAAGUUGAAGAAAAAACAAUGGUAAUAGACCCAUUACCGACUGAACCCGAAACGCUGGAGAUGGAAGGUAGUUCAUUAUUAGAUGAACAACCGAUUAUCGAAAAUGUUCCAACAAAUUCUGAAUCUGUGGGAGAUAAUGACAGUAGAGUAGUAGAUGAAUCUACAAAAUUGGGUAAUAAUUCUGUUAAGGAACAAGAUAGUACAGAAGUUGUAGAGAAAAAAUUGGUUAAAGACCCUUUACCAAUUGAAUCCGAAGCAGCGGAGAUAGAAAAUAGUACAUUAGUAGAUGAACAACCCAAUAUCGAAAAUGUUCCAACUAAUUCUGAAUCUGUGGAAGAUAAAGUCAGUACAGUAGUAGAUGAAUCUACAAAAUUGGAUAAUACAUCUCUUCAUAAUCAAGAUAGUUCCGAAGUUAUAGAAAAAACAUUGGUAAUAGAGCCUUCACCGAUUGAACCCGAAGUCGUGAAGAAUGAAGUCAGUACAUUAGUAAAACAGUCUCUGGAGUUAGUUACAGAAGCACCAGGUACCACUGAUAAAACCAACAUAUCUGUUCAGGAAAAGUCUGAAAGCACUGAGCCAGUAUCUGAUUUGGAUAAAACGGAACCAAAUGAAAGUCUCACAGUUCUCCUGGCUGAAGCUAAUUCCCCAAAUCCUGAAACAAAACCCUUAGAAGCCGAUGCCUCGCAAGAAGAGCAAAAGGAUCAAUCUUCUGAUUUAGAAGGGAGUAAGCCCAUUGGUGAGGAUUUAAAAGCCAAACCGGACUCUGAAAUUCCCUUAAAUUCCGAACAGAGAAACUCUUCAUUGCUUGUAUCUAAUCAAUUAAUUGGCACCCAAAAUUUACCUACUAACCAUAUUGAGAUUGAAAAGAACACCAAGAAGUUGUCUAGCCCUAGUAUAAAAGAUAAAGAUAUUGGCACCCUAACAUCGGGUCGUCUGGUACCCACGCCCAUAGCUGAAUUGCAGCUCAAGUCAUUCAAAAAUCCCAACGACGAUGGCGCCUGGUAUGAUAUAUAUGUGGAGCCCAAGGUGACAUCUGAUAAGGAUUUUGAAAGUUCCUCAUCAGCGGUUCAAACCAGCAAACCUGAUACAGAUCGGCAAACAUCUUCAAUUGUAGAAGAACCUGUUAUUGUGUCUAAUAGGGUUUUGGAGAAAACAUUGGCAUCGGUUCCAACUAACAAAAUUGUGGAAGAACCCAUAAUUGCUGCAGAAAGAGUUCCAAGUUACUAUAUGCCCAUGGAAAUUGUGGAAGCCGCUGCUCCAAGAGCUAAGAACUCUGUUUCAUUCUUUGUUUCGUUUGACUCGGAUGAUGGAAAACCAAAGUAUAAAAUACCGAAAAGGUUUAGGGAUGACUCAAAAAAGGAUAAGCAUGAGGAACCUGUGAACGAUGAUAUAAAUCAGUCAGAGUCUGAGUUUGAUUCUAACGAAGAGGAGAUUGAAGUUAUAGAAGUCUCGGAAGGCGAUCCUGAGUAUCAACCGCCCAGCGUUUCAAAACUACAAACCAUUUUGGAACACGAUAAUGAAAAUGAGCAACCCAUAGAAGGUAAUGAUCAAAGCUCAGAUUUGAAACCAAAACAACCUGAGUCGCCAAUUAAAAUUAUUGAAAAAGAAGAAAUUCGUUUAGAAAAAGUCGAGCCUAAAAUACUCAGUGAAGAAAAAAUACAAAAAACAAAAGAUAUUGAUUCUGAGUAUUAUGAAACUCUCUUUAAAACUGACAUUAUAAAACUUUCAAGAUCUGUUCAAAUUAUAGAAAAAGCUUACAAAAGGUUUAAGAAUAUUCGGCAAGAACUUGAGUCGGAUUUAAAAAAGCAAAACGAAGCUGCAAGAGUUAUUCAAAAGUGGUUUCGAAGCACAUUAACUAAAAAGUCAGACUUAGGAUCCUCGGAUAGUACCCAAAAAGCAUCUCAAAACCUUGCUGCCAAGAAAAUUCAAAGGGCUUAUCGUCGAUAUGUUGAAAAAACCAAAGAAUCCAAAUCUGCUAAAGAAAAAGAAAGUUUAGAAAGAACUCAAAAAGAAGAAAUGGCUGCACUCAUCAUUCAAAAAGCAUUUAGACUAUAUUCUCAGAGGAACAAUGAUAAACUAAACAAAGUACAAUCCUCAGAUAACAAUGAACUUCAGCAAAAUCAAGCUGCUAAAAAAAUUCAAAGAGCUUACAGAAGAUAUUUAAAAUUAUCAGAUAGGCAAGAAAACCUAAGAGGAAGAAAGUCACAAGAAGUUUUUAAAUCAGAAGAUAAAGAAGAAACUAUUGGUGAAUCGUCAAUGCAAAAACUACUGGAAAUAGAGACGCCUGGGGAAGUUAAUACUCCAAAAGAAGCCGAAAGCCCAGAAGUAAUACAUGGAGCACUUCAGAAUGAAGAGCAGAGCUCGGAAACAAUACAAGGUGAAAUUGAUUCGUCACAAUUAGCUAAUGAGCCAAAAGGGAUACAGGAAUUAAAGACGGAUGAAUUUCAAGAGUUUGAAAAUCUUUCGAAAGUUAAUAUGAGUCCAACUCAUUUGUCAAAGCCAUCAGAAAACCCAGAAUUUGAUACUGAACUACAAGAUAUACAGGAUCCAGCGGAGGAUAGUGAUAGUGAUCCAAAAAGUAGACAAGAUUUACGGGCAGAAGAGUUAAACGAUGUAGAGGAGGUUGUCGAAACCAUUUCACAAUCAAGGCACAUCCCAAAAUUGGCUGAAGAACCAAAAAAAAUAAAAGAAUUGGAGAAUGUAUCCCAAGUCAGUUCAAGUCCAAUUCAUUCUGCAGAGUUACAAUCGGUCGAUGAUCCUGAAAUUUUAAAUGAGAAACAGAAAGAAGAAUUCCAAGCAAAAGAUAAACCUGAGGAGCCCAUUGAGAAUGUAACUGCAAUCCACUAUGAACCGGAAAUAAAAAAUGAAAUCCAAUCAGAUUCACUCCAAUUAGUUGAGAAAACUUUAGGAGCUGAUUUAAGUCCUGUUGUCAUAUCAAAUGACAAACUGGAAGGCAAGUCAAGUGCAGCUCUUAUUAUACAAAGAGCUUUCCGGCAAUAUAUGGAACGAAAGAAACUAGAAAUGUUUGAAGAAAGCUCCUUUGACUCGAUCACCAGCUCCCGAAUUACAGCAAUAGAAACAUCAACACCUUUAGCAAGUUUGGUUCCUGAAACCGCGGAGGAACCCGAUGGAGAUGCUUCGAAGACCAGCACGAAAUCCGAGUGGUUUGUGGGAUCAACUCGCAUAGUACCAAGCCAGGGAGUCGUUGAAGAUCAUCUUGGGGUAGGCACCGAUUCGGAUCCAGCUGAAAUUACAAGUAAAACUGAGCUCCACACCGGCACGCAAGUAGAAUCAGUUGAAGCAGUAGAUGAUAGAACGCAUGGCUCGCUUGAAACUAAAUUAACUCCUGGUAUUAGCAGUUCCAAAAUCGAUGAAAGUCUAGGCAGUUCAUUUGAAAAGGAUAAUGCAGUCUCUUCUGGUUUAGCAGGUUUAGCAGAUGAUUCGGAAAGCGGACUUGGUUCAGUGGAGGAUCCACUACUUCUAUCGCAAUCAGAUUUCGGUGGAAUCGUAAAGUCUCUAGACAUGGCUUCAACUCAAGAACUGGUUAAUAGUUUCCUUUUAAACGAGAUUGAGUACGCAUCCAAACAAGGAUCUUUCUUAAAGAAAGUAAAGGAGGAACCUUGCAUCAAAAAAACCGCUUCAUUGGUUAAUCUUUCCGAAGCUGAAUCGGAACUGGAUAUUGCUGGUCAAAAAGCUGAAAACACGGACUCUUCAUUGUCUGAAACCACUGGCUUAGAUACUUUAUCUGCAGAUACAAUCGACCAGGCAACCGUCAAGUUGUCCAAGCCGGAUGAAAUGAUUGAAAAAAUGUCGCAACUAAGGGACUCUAAGUCCCAAGAAAGGAUUCCUUCGGCAGAUCCCAGUUUUGACGAGUCCGUAGUUCGACCCCUGAGUUCCAUGCACGAACAAUAUAGUCUCGACAUCGAGGAUGGAGAUAUUAUUGUAUAUAAUCGACUACAGCGAGACGAAACCCGGGAAAGUUCUGCUCAAAGUGACUCUGUGGUUUUUGGCGAGGCAGAAGUUGGAAAAACUCAAGAUAAGGAUUUGUUAAGUGAAGAAGAAUCCGCAAGAGUGCAUUUGAUGAGGCAUUAUACCAUCGCUGGAGAUGAUCCAAGGGGACUCUUUAGGUCUGUAACGAUCGAUGAUGCUUUGAACUACGAAGACAAUGGAGAAAAGGAUAUGCUCUUAAAUAAUGCCGCUAGUUUCUGUUUGGACGACGAAACCUCGGAGAACAUCCGCAAAAAGAUGAUGGCUUAUUCGCUGUCCGAAACGGAUUCGGAUUACUUUGAUCCCAGGAAGUCCAGUAAAGAGGACUUUGAAGUAGACACUGCGAUGGCCGAUGCUAUGGGCACAUCCACUGAAACCGAAUCAACCAUUGUCUCGGCGGCUACUAAAAUCCAGGCUGGAGCUCGGGGUUUCCUCACCAGACGAAGAUUACGCAGGGCCAGUGCAGGAACCAAGUCAUCCACUUUGGAUACCAAGGCGUCCUUCGGCAACGAUGCAAUCAGCGAGUCCCUGGAGCGAUUCAUCGAGGAGGAAGCGGCGAAGAAGAUUCAGGCUGCAUACAGGAUGCACACCCGAAAACGAAAGGGCAACAAUCGGAAAAUGGAGGGAAUCAGUUUGGAGAGCAAUCUGGCAGCCAGACGCCAGAAAUUACAACGUGGCGAUGCACUUCGAAAUGACUCGACUCCCGAUGAUGAAAACAGUGUGAUCACCAGUGGAGGACAAGUCCAGAAGAGCUCCAGAAUACUGAAAAGCAAAACAGUUGGCGAGACAAAGUCGAAUGUCGACAUGGAGUUAAGAUGGCUAAAAAUGAGGCAGAAUUCAAUGCCCGUACAAAUUGAUUGCGAAGUUUUCAGAGUUAUCCCCAAACACAUGCGAAAACGUAUCAAAAGCGCCGAGGCGAACAAAAGAAAAUAAAGUAUACAAUUCUAUAGGUAUCAACGCUGAACUAUAUCUAAAUAAAAUAUAUGUUUAAUCGAAAAUGUUUUUGUUAUCAAACAAGCGGAAAGGCUUCCGGGAAUAAAUCAUACCAUUAAUUUUCCCGUAUUUCAACGUAUUUAAGUUAAACGGUCUGUGGAUGAGCGGAUGGCUGCCACUUUUGUUCUAAACAUUAAACGGAUUCAAAAGAUUUAUGGGAUGGGGGUGCAUUUAAUUAGUAGUGUCGUUAGGCAACCGGGUGAUAUUUCAAAGAGCUUUAAUCAAAACAAAAUCAUUAUAACAACUAUCCGACUUUUCCUACUCGGAAAAAUCCCAUCCUUUGUGCGCUGUUUGUA